CCGGUGGCGGAUCGCUGGACCGGGCCCGAGCGGAUCGCGGGCGCGGGCUCGGGCUGCGGGGCUCGGGCUCGGGCUGCGGGCGCAGGGCGAGCCGGGCGCGGAGCCCGGGAGCGGAGCCCAGGCCGUGCCGCGCGGCGCCAUGAAGGGCAAGGAAGAAAAGGAGGGCGGCGCGCGUAUGGGCGCCGGCGGCGGCAGCCCCGAGAAGAGCCCGAGCGCGCAGGAGCUCAAGGAGCAGGGCAACCGGCUCUUCGUGGGCCGCAAGUACCCGGAGGCGGCGGCCUGCUACGGCCGCGCCAUCACCCGGAAUCCCCUGGUGGCGGUGUAUUACACCAACCGGGCCCUGUGCUACCUGAAGAUGCAGCAGCACGAGCAAGCGCUGGCCGACUGCCGGCGCGCCCUGGAGCUGGACGGGCAGUCUGUGAAGGCGCACUUCUUCCUGGGGCAGUGCCAGCUGGAGAUGGAGAGUUAUGAUGAGGCCAUCGCCAAUCUGCAGCGAGCCUACAGCCUGGCCAAGGAGCAGCGGCUCAACUUUGGGGAUGACAUCCCCAGCGCACUGCGCAUUGCUAAGAAGAAGCGUUGGAACAGCAUUGAGGAGCGGCGCAUCCAUCAGGAGAGUGAGCUGCACUCCUACCUCACGCGGCUCAUUGCAGCAGAGCGUGAGAGGGAGCUGGAAGAGUGUCAGCGGAACCAUGAGGGUGCCGAGGAUGAAGGCCAUGUCCGGGCUCAACAGGCCUGCAUCGAGGCCAAGCAUGUAAGGGUGCCCUGGCUCAUGCAGGGGUCUGUGGGCAUGUGUGCACAUGACACGAGGGCACCCCUGCUGCAUGUUGGGUCUGUGUGUGCCUGCGGGAGAGGGGUGUCUGGUCCAAUCGCAGUGCUCAAUUCUCUGCAGGACAAAUACAUGGCAGACAUGGAUGAGCUCUUCUCUCAGGUGGAUGAGAAGAGAAAGAAGCGAGACAUCCCUGACUACCUGUGUGGUAAGAUCAGUUUCGAGCUGAUGCGGGAGCCUUGCAUCACACCCAGUGGCAUCACUUAUGACCGCAAGGACAUCGAGGAGCACCUGCAGCGCGUGGGACACUUUGACCCUGUGACCCGGAGCCCCCUGACCCAGGAACAGCUCAUCCCCAACCUGGCCAUGAAGGAGGUCAUUGACGCAUUCAUCUCUGAGAACGGCUGGGUGGAGGACUACUGAAAUCCCCUACCCCCCACUGCACCUUGCCUGGGGUCCUGGCCCAGGAGGGCCCUGGGGCAGAAGCCCCCAGCCCCUGUACAUAGUUUGUGUCCCUGGGCCUGCAUCCCAUCAGUUCUGCUGUUGGGCUCUGGACUGCUCCCCUCUCAGCAUAGCUCUUGCUGGGCCACAAGCCUCCCCUGUCCCCCGUCUGGGCUGGAAAACAGGUGAGGGUGGGUUGGGCUCAGGCCACUGCUGCUACCACUGUCUCUGUAAUAAAAUCUGUGAGCACUA